AUGAAUCGUGUGUUUAAAAAAGGAGAACGUGAUCUAGUGAUCCAACAAAUUGCUAGAUUCUUCUACACUAGUGCCAUCCCUUUUAAUUGUGUCAAAAAUCCGGAGUUUCUGCAAAUGAUUGAUAUGAUUUCAAGAUUUGGGAUUGGCCUUAAGCCUCCUUCCUAUCAUGAGAUUAGGGAGACAUGCUUGAAGAAAGAGGUAGAUUUUACACAACAAAUGCUUGAAGAAUAUAAGGUUGAAUGGAAAAAAACAGGUUGUUCAAUUAUGUCUGAUGGCUGGUCUGAUAAGAAAAAGAGAUCCAUUUGUAAUUUUUUGGUGACUAGUCCCAAAGGAACCAUUUUCCUAUACUCUAUAGACACAUCUAACAUAUCUAAAACAGCUGAAAAAAUUUGUCAAAUGUUAGAUGAAGUUGUCGAUAGGGUUGGAGAGGAGAAUGUUUUGCAAUUGGUGACUGACAAUGCUGCUAACUACAAACUAGCUGGAGAGAUGUUGAUGCAGAAGAGAAAGUGCUUGUUUUGGACUCCAUGUGUUGCCCAUUGCUUGGAUUUGAUGCUUGAGGAUUUUGAAAAAAAGAUUAAGGACCAUAAGUACACAAUUGCAAAGGGGAAGAAGAUUACAACGUUCUUAUAUUCUAGAGCUAUGCUUUUAAAUUGGUUGAGGGAUUUCACUAAAGGGAGGGAAUUGAUUAGACCUGCUGUCACUAGAUUUGCAACAUCAUAUUUGACAUUGUCAUGCCUUAAUGAGUUCAAAGGAGAAUUGAUGGCAAUGUUUUCUUCUGAACAAUGGAGGUGUAGUAAAUUUGCAAAAACAAAAGAAGGGAAAAGAAUUCAUGCCAUAGUUAUGGAUAACAAUGGCUUUUGGUGA